UGUUGAAACGCAUCGUCCGGACUCUGUUUUGUUCGACAAACGUGCACGAAGCUUCCAAAUUACGAGAUAAUAGUCCGAGUCGAUGUUUGGUUUCCGAAAAAAAAACUAACAUCAGUAUUUAACAUCCGAAAAGGGCCGACCGUCAAUUAGUACGUGAUCGAUCUGGGAGGUGCGAUCUGAUGGAGCGUAAAAAACUGGAUAAAUCAUUUUAGGAACUGACAGGCGAUAAGAUAUUCACUGUUGUUUUUAAGUUGCUUUUACGUGCGUUAUGUCAGUGGUUCCGUACAGCCCUGAGUAAUCGUGUACAUAGAAUUUCGUAUUCGUACCUAGAUUUUUAUCAGUGCUUGUUGUAACGCAAGUCACAAAAGGCAAAAAAGCUGAAAUCUGGCAACUUUGUCAUUAGGUUUUCUUUCGGGUCGGUUGUUUUCAGUGAAAAUCUAAACGUAAAAAAUGGAUUUUUGUUGAACUUUCGUGAACUGUGCGUCCUGUAAAAUCUCAGUGUGAUCCUUAUAGUUGUGUAUUCGUUUGUUGAGAUCGAGAAUGCUUGUAAACAGGAACAUGUAAACGCCAAUUUCAUUUGUUCGCUCAAGCAUUCAAAACGGCUUGUUAAUUCAGGCGGCGUAUGUAUGCGUAAUUGUUCGGCUGCGGACUGGACACAAAAAAUACGGAGCUCACUCUUCGCUAGCGUGCAAACCUGAAAAAUUUGCAGCAGUGAUAAAGCACUUCUGAAGUGGAAUUGAAGGAAUUGAUCAUCAUCGUUGGAUAGUUUCCCUUACCGCGAGCUGCGCCCAUUUGAGUAAGAAUUAUUCGUACAGUUUUGAUUAAACGAGUAGAUUCGAGACACAAUGGCUCAAUCGAAACCGCUGAACGAAGUCUUUAGCUAUCUAUCGUGGGUGCAUGCCGUUUCGGGGGCCACGGGAAGUGUAGUUGCUAUGUCUGCAUUCUAUCCGCUGGAUACGGUGCGCUCUAGACUGCAGUUGGAAGCACCGGAGAGACGAAAAGCGCUGAGCACGUGGGCUAUGCUGAAGCAGCUCGUGGCUGAGGAGGGCUUCCGAACGCUUUAUCGUGGCAUCGGCCCGGUCCUGCAAAGCCUAUGUGUCUCCAAUUUUGUCUACUUUUACACGUUCCACACUCUGAAGGCGAUUCGGGGAGCUGCGAACGGGGGUAGUCAAUCGGCACUUGCAGAUCUGGUGCUGGGUUCGUUGGCAGGCGUUGUGAACGUGUUUACGACCACCCCCUGCUGGGUGGUUAACACCCGGUUGAAGAUGAAAGGCUUGGAGCACCGGGUCCAGGACAACACGAUGCAUUACGAUAACCUGCUGGAUGGAUUAAUCUACAUCGGACGAACCGAAGGCGUUAAGGGUUUAUGGGCCGGUUCGAUCCCGUCCCUGCUGCUGGUGAUAAAUCCAGCCAUUCAGUUUAUGGUGUAUGAAGCUCUCAAACGGCGGCUAAUUCCGGAUGUAAAGUUGGCUUCCAGUGCAUCGUAUUUCGCUAUCGGUGCGGUGGCGAAAGCAAUAGCCACUGUGCUUACCUAUCCGUUGCAGCUGAUUCAGACCAAGCUGCGGCACGGCAAUUCGGAUAAAAAUGUGGAUAUUCCACCGGACGCCGAUAUGGUGCAGAUGUUGUUGAUUAUCCUGAAAAAACAGGGCACCGUCGGUUUGUUUCGCGGCUUGGAGGCGAAACUUUUGCAGACGGUGCUGACAGCAGCGCUAAUGUUCAUGACAUACGAGAAGAUUGCCCGUUUUGUGAUGGUCAUUCUAGUGCGAAGCCGGAAGUGACGGGGAAGCUUUUUUUUCCGGCGAGUUUAGUCUUUCUUUUAGGCAAUAUAACAGUGGGUAAAGGUUUAUCGUGUUUGGAAUUCUUGGGCAUUUCCACGUUUAUGCAUUCUUUGGUUUUUCAAACUAAUCUAGUCUUGCACAUUCCGACACAGAGCUUUUUGUCCACACAGAGAGCUAAUGCGUUUUUGUUCUCUACGGCAUCUUUGUUUUUGUAGGCAAUUUUUGUUUGCGCGAGGAGGCUCGGGGUUAAUUUAUUUUAUUUGUAUGGUUCUUAGGCAUUAUUAGGCUCUAGAAGAGUAGCGAUUACUGACAAAGUAGUACGACAAAUUUAAAUCCUCAAGUGCGAUAUUAUGAUGUGUUUAUACGCUUGUAAAUCAGAAUAAAUAUCAGAAGAUCAAAAAGAA